AGUUAGUUCAGAGGACCAAUAACUAAAAUCUAUUGCUCUAUCGCCGGUCUAAUGAUCUCUCAGUAAAUGGACCGGGCACUGUCCCGAAUGAUCCCGCGUGACCACUCUUGAAGCCCACGCGAUCACUCUUGAAGCUGUUUGUUUUAUGGCUUACGUUCCUGAAAAAAACAAAAAGAAUCCUUUUCUUUUUCUUCCAACUCUCUUUCCCUUCACCUAGUCGGCUCCCAAUCAGAAUUGCGCGUUUUUUUACAGUCCCUGAUAGUGGCACUUUUUUAUAUACUGAUAUAAACAUAUUUAGUCUUGUAAUCUCUUAUUACUUAACCUAUAAUACUCGGAACCGUACUGGGACAAUAUUGACCUUCCGUUUUUUUUUCCUUUUUUUUUUUUGUAUCGACCUCCAUGCAUUCGGUCCGCACUGUCAAGACCUCGGGCCGAUAUUCUACCAGUACGCCGCCUAGAUUGCGGUGACUCCCCAUAUAUUAAAUAGUGUAUUCAAAUCAUGACGGAAACAGGGAGGAACGAUCAUUGGGACAGUUGCUAGCAGAGCAUUUUUCAUAUUCAGACUGCUGUAUCAUUCUUUUUAAUAUGUCCUCCUUUUAGCUCUUUGCAACCGUCAGUCCUAAUAAUUUUAACUAAAUCUUUUGCUUACCGCAAACAUACAUGACCUCUCACACUGAAUCAGCGAUAAUUCUCAGUGAGACUUUCAACACGUUUCACCGGCUGAAGGCUCUGGCAAUUUAUCUUUAUCCUUAUUAUGAUAUACGAUAUCUUUAUUUUUGCCUUUUUGCAUUCAUGGUAGGCUUUAUCCAUUCGUGUCUCAAGGAAGUGCUGAAACGAGGGCACCUGGCAUACGAGCUUUGGUCGAAAAUAGCCACACCGUUUCAGCGCUACUUCCUGUAAUUUCAUAGAAAUAGCGAAGCAACUAUGCCACCAAUGUGCUGAAACCAGGUCAGGUCAAAUUUAGGUGUAACAUUUUCAGAUAUCAGCCGAUUAAGCCGGAGUGAGGUGGCAUUGUACAACCUUCAGAUGAUAUAAAAAGGGUUCGCUCAUAUGAACCUGCAUCCAUACUACUUUGCAUCAGCUACAAGAGGAAAGAAGACUUGACGCUUUUUCACAAAAGAAAAAUGGGUUUCAAAUUGUUCAUUUUGUGCCUUGCUCUGUUGAUUGUCGCUGUGUCUGCCUCGUCAAUCUGCAAAUGCGGUUCACCUGAGGAAAAGGCUUUGCAGGAUUCACCUGCUAGUGAUCCGGUGAAGAAAUACAGAUUAAAAUUGAAGACAGAAGAUGGAAAAGAGGAAGAGGAAGAGGUUGAAAUUGACACAAAGAAGGAAACAGAGACUUUCCAUGUGCCAAAGACUUCGCCUGAUAAAGAAGAGGCAGACGUGGUCAUUGACUUUAAAAAGAAUUUUAUGAUGAUCCGUAUGCCAGAGGCCAAAUCGUGCUAUCUCAGUCUAUCAACUGAAAAUGUUCCUAAACCGGCCGACUUGGCGCGCCUUCUGGACAACGACGCGGGAUUUACGAUGAACAAAAGUCCACCUGUAGUGAAAUUGGAGGCUGUGGGGACUCUUGAUGACAAUGCACGUGGCAAUCUGAUUGAUGAAAUGAAGGAUCUGUGUGCAGAGCUACCCAUUUAUCUUGUUGCCAAGGUAGAUAGGGAACCGAGAAGCUUGACCACGGGCAAAGCAGCCGCAAAACGUAAGUGAAACACGCGUACAUGUUUUUGAACUCUAUCUUCCUUCUCUGUUAAGGAAAUUAUCAGCGACGCUAAAAUUACAUAGUUUUUAAAGCCGGCAUCAGUAUGCUGUGCAUCAUUAGAUUGACAUUAAUUUAAAAAUUAAUAGCUAUGGCAGUCGUUGACCUCAUGUCUGAUCUGUAUUUUCUUUUGGAUUUCGUCCUGUUUUUCACCAUCGCCUCACAUUGCACGCCUCAUAAAUCCCCGCUGCACUUGAUAUCUAUCUUUUUCAUAGAUUAGGAAAAGGCGAUAGUCAUCGGUCUCACAUAUACGCAGAAGGGUCAGUGUUUUCUUCUGUUUUUGUGCAUCAAUCGACUAAAUGAGCAGAAAGAGCAGAAAUGAUUGCAGCAGAUUUUGAGCACAAUUCGAAAAAAUACAAGUUCAAUCAGCUAUGCGCUCACUUUGCCCUCUCAUUCCGAAUUAACUGAGCUUUUGAUUGUUGUUCUAGGUAUCAGACGACACUGUAAGGAAGUGUGUAGAACUGUUACGAAAACUGUUGUUAUACUUUGGAUAAUCAAGUAUACCGUUACCGAAACAAUAUGCACAAACGAAUGCGAUUAAGUGCGGGGCCCGCCCUAAUUUAUGCCGGGUUAAAAAAAGAAAGGGCAGAAAGAAGAAAUGCCGGCAGGGCAAGC